AGAGAAAAGGAAGGAAUGAACGAACGAACGAACGAACUCGAGCAGCGACUUGUCGAUACCUGUUCCCAUGCGUAGGCGCACCGUUCAUCCGUGUGCCUACCACGAGCGAUCGCAGGAAAAAGAAAGACGGAGAAAGUCCACUUAGAUUUGUAUAGAGAUGAUAGAAAGAGAUCUCUUAAAAGAAUCAUACAAAUUUUAGAUAGAAUCUUGUAAAAGAUCAUCAUAAAUAUACUGAAAAAUUCAUUUUUACAUACAAAGAUUAUAUAAGAUGAAUGUAAAAAAAUCGAUAAAUUGAAAUUUGCAAAAAAGAAGGAAACUCAGUACCAAUAGAGGCUAAAGGCUACGAGGGGAAACAAAAAGAAAAAAUAGGAAAAGAAGGAAGAAUGAAAACGCAAGUCGAAGUAAAAGGGUGCAUUCGAAGUGGUCGAUUCUUUUGUUGAAUGCAAGUAUCGCAUAGAGAUAUAGAAAAGAAAAAGAGGACAUUAUCUGCGAAGGAGGAAGCAAGAUGAAGAAAGAAUGACCAGUCCAGUCGGGGAUCAGCCAGAACGGAGACACCAUGUACGUUGGAUAACAUCAAGGAAGAAAGAGAGGGGAAAUUAUGGAAAGAGUAGUGGUGGGACAGAGAUGGAAUACAUCAAGAGAGAUAAGAAAAAGAGAGAGAGAGAGAGAGAGAGAGAGAGAAAGAGGGAAAAAGAGAGAGAGAAAGAGGAGAGAGAGAGAUAGGAGAAAGAAAGAGAGAAGAGAGGAGUGAGAAGAAAAGAAGGAGAAAGAAAGAGAGAAGAGAGGAGUGAGAAGAAAAGAAGGAGGAAGAAGACAGCUGGUGUCUUCGACGGUGUUGGUGAUAUCACUAUGAGACCACAAUGACGUUGGUAGUGGUGGGUAGCCGAUGGUAAUGGUGGUGGUAAACCAGCAUAUCCAACAACACUUGCUGCACGCACGAUGUCUUGGUGAGGGGGGAGAGAAAAAGAGACAGAGAGAUUGCCCCCUCCUGCCGCGGGCGGCGCCACUCGAGGAGAUCCUUUCCUCUUUUCGCCUCUAGGCCAUUCUCGAGAGGCGCGCGCGCCAACGCGGUGUCGCCCGAUCGCUUCUCGCCGACCUUCGACCAAUACGCGCGCGUUUCGUUCUACUCGUUACGUGCGUGUGCCAACGCAGAAUUUUCCCAAUAGACUUUUCCGAAACUCGUCCACCUUUCCCCUCCUCUCCUCUUCCCUUUCCUCCACCACUUUCUUCUUCUUUUUCUUUUUCUUUUUGUCGUGACACCCACCUGUGCAUUCAUCCCACUCGAACUCUGAUUCCUUCAAAACACCCCUGGGCAAAAUCACCUUCCUCUUCUCUCUUCCCCUUCUCCUUCUCUCUUUCUCCACCAUCGCGUGACAGCCGGAAUGCGACCACGUGAUUACUCCUUCGCGUACGUCAACGUCCGUUUGAGUCGAACGAUUUUCGUAUUGAUUUUCUCUUCUUAAAGUGAUUCUCAUCCACGUUUGUCGUCGUCGACUUUGUUGUUAUUGUUCUUGCUACUGCUGCAGUUGCUACUAUUGCUGCUGUUCUUACCGUUCCUCUUCAACUUCUUUCUUCCUCUUGUUCGCACCAGUGCAAUUCAUCUAAGCAAUUACAUAACGAUCGACACGCCGGAGGCACUCCAACGAACUUCAUAACGAUCCACGUGAAUCGUUUACCUUGAACUUCGAACGGACUAAACGCCGAAAGAAGAAUCGAACGAGGUUCCUAUUCCUAACAAGGCAUGUCGACGAAGAACUUAAUUUUUUGUGAAUUUCGCAUAAACGUCGCAAAAAUCAACGGCGCUAGGCUCGUAAAAAGAAACCGGAAAACAUAAUCAACGAAAUAAUGACAAAGUCUCCGCGAGGUGGAAACAGUGCUCAUAGAAACGUAGGUUCAUUGGCAACGCUUCGAUUCUUAAGUGAAAUCGGACCGUGAAGAGAACGACUUGAGUGUCCAUCGUCGACUGAAACAUAACUCAAGUAACUAUACUGUAAUAGACGAGUGAAGCUACGAGGCAAAAAUGUGUAAGUACGAGGUUGACAAUGGCACGAAUGAUUCGAAAGAAAGCGAAAGUAAGUUGAACGUCGUUGCUCGGUGAGUUCGAUGCCUGGAGGAAAGAUUUGUACAAGAAGAAAAAGAGAGAGAAAGAGAGAAAAAAAGAUCUAGAUUCGCAAUCGCGUAUUCACGCUUGCCGUCGGAGAGUUUAAUGCCUGCAAAUGCGAAUGAAAUGUCGUCGGCUUCGGUGAUGGAGUGAAUAAGUACCUGCUACUAUGAUUUUCACGAUGUCGAAAUAAAACAUUCUUUUUCUACGAUAAAAGAAUAAGAACUCCUUUUCACUGGCAGAAAGGAAGGAAACGGUUGCCUCAUCAUGUCCAUUCUCGAAGGCAACGAAGCCGACAAGACGACAAUGUCACCGCUCGACGAAGUCGUGUCUCCAACGAGCGUCGAAUCGAAACUGAUGGUGACCAACAUGUUGGAAGAGCACGAAGCGAGCACGUUGGUUGAGCAGAGGGAUGGCAAGCGUAAGAGAGACACGGAUGGCGAAGAACUUACGCCGAGAAAGCUACCUUCUUUAACAAGGAACAACAACGACGUGGCUUUCGUCCUCGAGGAUAGCGCCGACGAUGAACUGCAAGACGAACGUGACGAUGACCGAUUGACUGGUCAUGGAGGCAUUUCCUCGCUGGGCGGCGGAAACUCGUCGCCUUACUCGGGUGCUCAUCAUCACGGUCAUCGAGGGAAUGGAAAUGGAGGCGGAAUGCCACAUCACGGUGGUGCAUCUUUGCCAACAGCGUCGGAUUUUCAACCCCCGUACUUUCCACCGCCGUUCCCGUCGCAUCAUCAUGCACCCGCCAGCCCACAACAUCCGGGUCUUGGGCAGCCUCAACACCUGGAUUACCUCGUCGGUGAUCCCUAUACGCAGACACUGAACACGCUUCAUCAGCAUCACUAUAAUCACCUGAGCGCGGCCGUUACGGCAGGCCAGAGGAGUGGUGAUCUCAGAAGAGACACCGAAGGCAUCCAUGUGACGAACAUGCACGCAUCCUUUCCUUACGAUGGCGGACGCAGUGGCGGUAGUGGCGGCGGAGGUGGCGGCGGCGGUGGUGGUGGAGGUGGCGGAGGCGGUGGUGGAGGUGGCGGAAGGGCUGUCGAAUAUGGUGCUGUACGUCGUCCCGAUGCCCUCCUACCGCCCCCGGGCCUCGACCAAACCGACCUCGUUCUACACACCAGCCUUGUUGACGACCCCCAGAACACGAAUGUAGACGAUGGAAGUUUUAUGAACGACCUGCCACUUCUGAAAAACAUGAAGCCUUCGGAGAGAAGCGAAAAGGCCAUGCUGACAGGGAACGCGCAACCUUCAGACGUGUUCUGUUCAGUCCCAGGACGAUUAUCGUUACUCAGCAGCACCAGCAAGUACAAAGUUACGGUAGCCGAGGUACAGAGACGACUCUCGCCACCGGAAUGUCUAAAUGCCAGUCUCCUCGGUGGUGUUUUACGAAG